AUGGCCACAGAGACAUCAGCCACCACAUGUGUCCGGCUACGACGGUGCAACAUCACCAGCGAGUGCAAUGAAGUCCACCCACAGUGUCGGAACUGCGAACGCUACAACCUGGCAUGCAGCUUCUCUUCCCCGUCUCUGACGAGAACGCCGCUCAACGAGGACAGUCUAGCUGAUCUCGAGCUGCUGGAGUUCUGGCACCGGCAUCCCGUUACGGCCGACUACUCGGAUGGAGCCCGGGCUUUCCAAUACGAUUUCGUCCGGCUGGGCUUUUCUCAUCAUUGUCUGCUGAACAGCAUCCUCGCCCUUGCAGCACUUCAGCUCUUUGACCAAGACCGGUCUCGUUCAAGAUGGUGUAUUCGGGCGACGGCCCAUCAGCAUGCCGCUCUAACUCGAGCGGGCCCGCACUUGCAGCAGCCCGAGGAGUGCCAGCAAAAAUCUCUCCUGGGCUUUGCUGCCUUCACUACUCUAUACGCUGUUGCAGAGCCCACUCUCCGACCGGUCCGCCGGGAUGGUGAGCCAGCCGGCUUUGACCCAGUGGCAGAGCUCAUACACGCAAUCAAGCUUGGCAGAAGCACGACGGCCUUCGUUCAAAACAAUCUUACAUCACAGCCCUGGGAGGAUUCAAUGGUGGUAUCGAAAUUCAAUCCCAUCCGACGUGAGCCUGUCGACGACUUAGAACAACGAUUUCCACAUCUUGCUCUCCUCCACGACCUGGUAGAGCGCAACUGCGAGAGCCAGCAGAAGCAGGCAUGUCUCCAUGCUAUCGAAAUACUAUUUACCAGUAUUGCCUUUCUCAUGGACAACCCGGGGGACUCUCGGCAGACGAAGCUUAUUUGGGGAUGGGGAAACGAGGUGGACUCCAUUUUUCUGGACAUGUGCUCAGCUCGGCACGCGGUGGCUGUUGUGAUUUUGGCGCACUAUGGUGUCCUCAUGAGUCUGAACGCAGGCCUUUGGCACUUGCGACGAUGGCCUGCCGCGCUUCUGAAACAUAUCGACAGUCUCCUCGAUGAGGAGUGGCACGAAGGACUUAGCUGGCCUGCGCAGGUGAUAUCUGCAACAGCCGUAUCACCGUCCAGCGUCGUCUCUUCCGCUUUAUUAUCUGAGCCCAAUAGGAUGCUACCUUAA